AUGGCCGGUGGUCUCGUCAAAUACCGGCAUCUGAGCCGUUCGUCUGCACAUCGCCAGGCCCUGCUGCGCAACCUGGUCUCGUCGCUCGUCAAGCACGAGUCAAUACACACAACAUGGCACAAGGCCAAGGAGGCCCAGCGGCUGGCCGAGAAGCUGAUUACCCUGGCCAAGCGCGACAACGAAGAGACCCGCCGGAAAGCCCAAGCCAUUCUUUACACCCCCCAUCUCCUAAUGCCCAAGCUCUUCGGUCCGCUAAAGACCCGCUACGCCGACCGCCCCGGCGGCUACACGCGGGUCCUGCGCACCGAGCCCAAAAAGGACGACCAGGCCCAGUCCGCCAUCCUCGAGCUCGUCGACGGGCCCUACGACAUGCGCUUCGCCAUGACGGCUGCGGCCGUCGCCCGUGACCGCGCCCUGGGCCGCGACCACACGGACCUGACCCAGCGCAACCGCGAAAAGGUCACGCGCUUCCGCCAGAACGGCGAGGACGAUUUCGAGCGCAUGGUCCGCAGGACGCAGCGGCUGCGCCUCGACGAGGCCGGCGUGCAGCUGGCCGACUUGGAGCCCAUCAUCUCGCAGCGCACGCCCGACGCCGACGAGCUCCUGAAGCGGGCCAAGCCUGCACACGACUACUGGAGUCCGCCCAAGAGCCGGAGGUCGGCCAAGGCGCUGUCCAACGACAUCGGCGAGCCCAAGAACCAGGCGCCACCGCCGCCGCCACCGCCGCCGAAGAAGACGCUGGGAGAUCGGAUACGGAGCCUGCCGUUAGUAGGAUAG